AUGUCGUACCCGACCAACCCGUUCGCUCCCGCCGGAAACCCGUUCCUUGGCUACGGAUACCCGAUGCCUGGCCCGCCCAUGGCUCCGAUUCACGCUGGCCCGAUGCCUUACUCGCACAGCCACGGUCCCUUCCCGUCCUGCCCACCGUCGACCUUUGUUGCGCCACCGCCGCCGUACGCCUACGGCCCGCCUCCGUCGUUUGCCCGUGGUCCACCGCCGCCAGCUGUGGUGGCUUCUGGCCCGUUCCUCGGCGGAGGCUUUGGUCGUGGCGUCGCGGGCGGCUAUCCCGGCGGCUAUGGCGGGUUUGUUGGCCCGACCUUUGUCCUGCCCUCGCUCGUCGCAUCGACCUGCCCGGCCUGUGGCGGCGGUGACUGCACCUGCUCGCCGACCUCGGCCAUCUGCUCAAAGUGCCGCUACAACGUCGCCACCUGUGCCUGCGCCACCCCGACCCGCGCCGCCUGCUGCAAGAACGGGUGCGCCUGCGGCGAUUCCUGCACUUGCGGCGCCAACUGCUCGUGCUGCGCCAAGGAGAUCAAGGCGGCGUGCUGCAAGAACGGGUGCGCCUGCGGCGAUUCUUGCACUUGCGGCGCCAACUGCUCAUGCUGCCCCAAGGAGAUCAAUGCGGCGUGCUGCAAGAACGGGUGCGCCUGCGGCGAUUCCUGCACUUGCGGCGCCAACUGCUCGUGCUGCCCCAAGGAGAUCAAGGCGGCGUGCUGCAAGAACGGGUGCGCCUGCGGUGACUCGUGCACUUGCGGCGCCAACUGCUCGUGCUGCGCCAAGAAGACCAAGACUGCUGGAUGCGGCUCGGCGACGUGCACGUGCGGCGAUUCGUGCACGUGCGGCGCCAACUGUGCGUGCUAAGGAUGUUCGGAAGCUGCACAGCCCGGCCUGUGUCAUCGCGCCUGGGUGACUGUCGCCGAGUGAGUCUCCACCGCCACCGCUACCGCCCCCUCCCUCACCCGUCCCUACACACCCAUCUUGUAAAUGGCACGCAGGUCUCGACGACA